GGCCAGUCUGCCGCCUGGACGCCUGACCUCCUUCAGCGAGUGCUGCCUCUGUUCCCACGCACCCUAGGCCCAGCCAACCCACAGCCCAGAGCUCAGAUGGAAAGUGUGCAGGAGCUGAUCCCUCUGGCUAAGGAGAUGAUGACGCAGAAGUCCCGAGGGAAGCUAGUGAAGCUGUACGUGCUGGGCAGUGUGCUAGCGUUCUUCGGUGUGGUGCUCGGUCUAGUGGAGACUGUGUGCAGCCCUUUCACAGCUGCCAGCCGUCUGCGCGACCAGGAGGCGGCAGUGGCAGAGCUGCGGGAUGCUUGUGAGCAGCAGUCCCUCCACAAGCAGGCCCUGAUAGCAGAAGGCAAGACACAGGAGGCGACUUUGUGCAGCCGGGCCCUGUCCCUCCGGCAGCAUGCCUCUUAAGGCUGGUGACUGGCAGAGAAGCGAGACACAGAGAGAUCAUGACUGAGGUGGGCGAGAGAGAGUCACAUGCUGUUUCAAGGUGCCACCGAAUCCAGAACUGACCCUGCACAGAUCACCCAAGGGAUCUGGGACUGACUUGCUGCUGUGCAGCAUGCACUGUGAUUUGUCCAAGGCUGUGGGAGCGAUCAAGGAGCUGUCACUUUGCAUUAGGGAAGGAGACAUGCUUUUUAUACUGUUAUUUUUAUUGUUGUUGUUAUUAUUAUUAUUAUUAUUACAACGAAUAUCAUUUUGCAUUUUGAAAUAAAAACAUUUUAUAUUCUG